AUGCCUUCGAGCCGCACCAUUGCAGUAGACGCCGCGGCAGCACUGCGCCAGACGACUGUGACCGACACCUUCAACGUUGCAGAGACAGCAGCACCUGGGGCGGACGAUGUACAGAUAGCGCAUGCAGCUUCACCCCCCGCCCCCGCCGCUGCCGCCGAUGCACCUGGAAGCGCGAGCGGCACUCCUAGGCCGAGUGCACCACAGCUGAACUGCCAGGCAGCAGUGGUGCGCAUUGGUGACAUGUUUGGGGAGUUCUCCUGCAGCGUGUUCCGCGUGGGUGCUAGCAGCAACGUUUGCGGCGCUAAUAAUCCGUCUUUACACACAUCGCGGGCAGCCGCAUCCUCGCGGGCCUUUUACAAGCGCGGCGGCGCGUCCACGUCCUCGCCGGCGGCCGCAACGCUGACGGAAAUGGCGGCGAACCGCCAGCACGACAGCCAGCACGAAGGCGCCGCUGCCGCCGAUGCCAUCGCCACGCGAGACGGGUCGCUUGGCACGACGUCGACCAUGGCGGCUGUGGAUGGCGCAGCGACGGCAGACGUGGGAUUCCCUGUCAACUGCGAGGUGGAGGGGGUGCCUCGGUGGGAGCUGCUCAUCUACGCGGUGCUGCACGAAGAGCAGGGCGGUGGCACCGGCGCCGCGGCGUCGUCUGGCGCUCGAAACCGGUACCGCGGUGAGCACGCCAGUGCUGCCCCUCAACUUCCUGGCGAUGCGUCGGCAGCAGCAGAUGACAGCAGCAAGGAUGGCGGCUAUGACGAGUGCCCCUUGCCGGAUGGCGCCAAGUUGUACUUUCAGCAGACGAUGCCGACGACGAAGCUGUCUAAGGUGGUUAAGCUGGAGGCGGGGCGGCGCUAUACUGUGCGCGUGCGCUGCUACAGCCGAGCCGAUGUGCACUGGAGUGCGUGGUCCGCACCUAUCCAGACCGCCACGCUGUUUCCCGUCGAGACGCGCCUUGGAGAGAUCGGCUCUGACUACGUGCAUUGCACUUGGGACCGCUUGGCGCAGCGCAACGAGGACGGGUUGGCGCGCGAGACGGAUGUCGCGACGACGGAGUGGGCGCGCAGCAUCCCUGACUUUGAGCUACGGCUGCUGCGAGAGUCCGACAUGGCGGAGCACUACCACGGCACCUUCGAGGCCGGCUGCCGCUCUGCCACCAUACGCGACUUACAGUCCGGGACGCGCUACAUUGUUCUCAUGCGGUACCGCACCGUCAUUCGCACCAUGCGGGAGUGGACAGAGGUCACGCGGCUGAUCACGGAGAGUGCGCUGGAGGUGCGACUCAUUGCUCGCGGCGAGGACACCUUUACGUUUUCCUGGGCCCGCGAAGUGCAGGAGGGUACCGCGAAGGCGUCGGCGAGCAAACCCACCGCGACCACCGUUGCGAAUGACCCGCUGCUCGACGAUGUCGCCGUCGCCGCCUUCGGCUACCUGCAGCCGCAAACGACUGUGCACGAGUACGAGCUCACCGUGGAGAGCGCCGGGCUGCGCUUUGACCCGAUCGCGGUGCCCGCCUCCGUCUGCCAGUACACAAUGACAGACAUGUUCCCGAGCACAACGUACUCGGUCUGCGUGCGCGCGCUUUCAGCGGAGGGACGGUGGAGCGGCCGCUCCGCCCCGCUCAAGCUGCGCACGGCAACCCGUCCCGUCGUAUCAGUGGCCGUGAUCGGGGAGUCGUUCGCGUCGUUUAUGUGGUCGCGCAAGGGUGGGGAGGAGCCACACGAGUCGCAGCUACAGUACCGUGUGCAGAGCAUGACCUCUGCGUACCACCAAGCCGAGACCGUUGACCUUGCACCGCCGUCGUCGCCGACAGAGCACCCGCGCCGCCUGCUGCACCUCGAGCAUCUCCGCUCCGGCAGCGACUACACCGUCUCCCUCCGCAUCGCGAUCGAGGGCACAUGGGGUAUCUGGACAGAGCCACAGCGCUUCACAACCGCGCGGAGCCACGUGCUCACGUUUCUCGAGCGCGGCGAGGACUUCCUUACGUUGAACUGGCCUUCCGCCGGUCUCGCAGCCGCGCUGAGGCAGGACGAUCCCAGCGGUGCAGCUGCCGAACCACUGUCAGUCUACAACAUUGUUGUCGUGAAGGUGGACGGUCUCGGUGAGCGGACGGUCGUGCUCAACGAGCGCGUCACGCGUGACCCUAGUCAGCGCGGCUUCCGCGUCAACGACCUCGAGGCUGACACAACUUACGACGUGCAGUGGCGAACGUGGCAGCACAACCCCCUGAGCGGGUUUGAGGACUGGGGGGAGAUGUCGACGCCAGUGCGAGUGCGCACGCUGCAGGCCGUCGCCCUGCACGUCUGGGACGUCGGCGAGGAUUUCAUUCACAUCACCUGGCGCCGCGGACUGUCGGAAGCCAACACGGCACCGGCAGAAACCGCUAGCGCUACCGGUGAUGAUGCAGCGGCUGCGGCAGCUGAGUGGGACCACCUGAGGUACGAGGUGGUGAUGGGGUGCGUAGAGACCGGCGAGGACGCGAUGCUGCAUCGCCAUGUCCUUGACACAAGCUACACCUUUACUCAACUGAAACCGUCGACGACCUACACGAUCGCCGUGCGCGCGUGCGAUGAGCAUGGGCAGUGGGGCUUGUGGAGCCGUGCCAAGGUCCGCACGCCCGCCUCCAUGAAGACCACCAUUCACGAGAUCGGCGAGGAUUUUGUGCGGCUGGUGUGGCAGCGGUGCGCUGCGCGGGACGACGGCGAUCUGAGCGGCGUGAUGGUGGCUGAUAUGUUCGUCGCCAAGUACAGUAUUCUCGUGUACGGGAGGGAGCCACCUGGUAUGCCGGUGGUGCCGCAUACGGAGAGCGGCUACGAGGCCGGCGGCGGCCGCUCUGACAUUGCCCGAUUCGAAGUCGUGUCGAGCGAGCACACGUCGUUGCGUGUCGGCGACCUUCUGCCCGACCGCGAGUACGUUGCUGUGGUGCGGGCAGCCACGUCGAGCGGGCGGUGGGGACUGUGGAGUCGCCCGGUGCGCUUCCGCACCAACCCGCAGUUCCGCAUUCCGACACAUCAACUGAUGAUUGGCGAGAACUACGUGAAGGUUGUGUGGAGCCGUGGUGAGGCAGAGGCGUCUCGGUUGGCACCCGCCGAGCAGGAGGACAACAGCAAAGACGGCGAGGUGCACCUCGGCGACUGGAGCGUCACCGGGCAGGAGCUGCGCAUCAGCGGUGUGACGACCCAGUACGCGAGGCAGUACGCCCUUGACGCGGAUGUGCGGGAGCUGAAGGUGUGUGAGCUGCUGCCGGCCAGCGCCUACACGAUUCAGAUCCGAGUGCGUGGGCGUUCGGGCAGCUGGGGUCUGUGGUCCGCUCCGGUACCGAUCCUGACGCGUGGCACAAUCGCUGUCACGACGGACGAGGUGGCCGAGGACUCCAUCACGGUGCGGUGGGAGCGGCGCAAGGUCGCCAAUCCGCAUCAGUACCCCACCGGCCAUGGCGUCGUUACGUCAUAUCACCUGCGCGUCUACAACGCGCAUGAGGUGCACACGGAGACCUUCCUGGGCGACGGCGACUGCCCGUACCGCGUGACAGGGCUCAAGGCGAACACAUACUACUGCGUCGACCUCAAAGCGAACUACAAUGACGAGGAGUGGGGUCUGUGGAGUGUGCCGCUGUGGUGUCUGACGAUGCAGCCCAUGCGAAUCCAUGCCAAGCUCAUCUCAGAGGAGUUUUGCUGUCUGCAGCUCAGGCGUCCCAGUCAGCAGCGCCGCCUGCCGGAGGACGACGACAACCCAUCAACGGAGGAUCGCGUCUUGGCGCAUGGCAAGCUGCGCCCGAUGAUCCUGCUGUGCGUCACGUCACCGGUGUUAUCCAAGGCACCAUACCACAGCGCUGCCGUCGCGCCAGAGCAGUCGAAGGCAGCGUACCUGAACGAUGCUCUGCCACCCGAUGCCGCUCAUCAGCGACUCAUCUAUCAGACAGAGCUGCUGAGCAGCGCCGAGACGGUGGAGUACACAGUGCCGAACCUCAAGUGCAACACGGUGUACAGCGUGUCGGUACGUACGAAGCUGGCAAAUGGGGAGUGGGGCAUGUGGUCCCCAUCGCUCGUCUUCGCCACGGUGCCAGCCAUGCGAGUCUCCUUCACCACCAUUGGCGAGAGCUUCGUCAGUGUGGAGUGGGUGCGGCACUCGCAGGUCGUCCCGCCGCAGAUCGCGAACCCAGAGCAGGUGGUGUUCGGCGUCGCUACGAUCACCGCCUCGCGAGUGCGGGUGCGGGAGAGCGGCGGCGCCUACCAACACACGUACACGGUGGAGGGCGCGACAAGCUCGCUGCGCAUCGACCAUCUGACCCCGGCGACCACCUACAUGGUGUGUGUGCAGACCUUCAACGACAACUACGAGUGGGGUGUGUGGAGCGAGGAGCAGAAGGUGCGGACAGUGCCCGGCAUGGACAUCCACGUGCAGCACGUCUCGGAGGAUGCGCUGUGGGUGUCUUGGUCGCGCCGCACCGACCUCGACGUCGCCGGGGACGCCAACACGGUUUUCAACGUCAACAUCUCCGCCCGCGCAUAUGAGGUGUGCCUCAUUGGCGAGGGUGGCUUCACCUACAGGCAGGAGACGGACUCGACAAGUCUGUUUUUCCGUGGGCUGAUGCCGGAUGCGGUGUAUACGAUUUACGUGCGCGCGCUCUUCGUUCAGUCGGAGUACUGGGGACUGUGGUCCGCGCAGGCCUUCCGCACAAAGCCACGAAUGCGCGUCACGUUUGGCAACAUUGGCGAGCACUUCGUCAUGCUGGAAUGGCGCCGCCACCUGCCGAAACCGACGGACGCGGAAGUGCGACUGCUGCUGGAAGACGACGGCACCGCCGACGUGGCCUACGACUCGGACGAGUUGUUGCAGAACGGGGUGCUACCGCCUUUGAGUGACGGUGGGUCCGGCAGAAGUGCCGUGACGGUGCUGGGGCGCGCCGUCGCGGCCCGCCAUCGAUUUUCCAUCGUGGAGACAGAGGAUGUUGUGCAGCUCUACCGCUUCAAGGUCCAGCGCGUCGGCGAGGCGCACAGCGUGAUCUACAACAUUGCCCCUACCGUGAGUGCGUUCUGCCUUCAUGACCUGCAGCCCUCGUCGGAAUAUCGCGUGUGGGUGUGUGCGAAGGGGCACGAGGGCGUGUGGGGCUUCUGGAGCGCGGAGUCGCGCGUGCGCACGCUGCCGCGGCUGAGACUGGAGGUGCUGAAUAUCGGCGAGGACUACGUGCGAGCACAAUGGAGGCGAGGGGCGUGGGAGGGGGCGUGCAUGACGGAUGGCGAUGGGGCAGAGGUCCGCCAGGUCGACGGGGCUGUCAGCGGGUACGAGAUUCGGGUACUGGACGGCGCCAGUACGGUUGCCGCCACAAGCACGACGACGUUCCGCGAAAUCGCCGCCACGCUUUCGGGUCUGCGGCUUUCGACACUCUACACGAUCCAGGUGCGGGCCAAGGACACGUACGACGCGUGGGGGCUCUGGAGUGACCCGGUGCCGUUCUACACGUUGAAGCCUGUCGGCGUGAGGUUGCAGCGGGUCGGCGAGACGUUUGUGGACGCGCAGUGGUCGCGUCCGAUGCACCGCCUGCACCCGCAGCACGCGCACGACAAGAUGGCCGAGGUGGGCAGCGACGUGGCAGGGAUGCAGAUGGACGAGAAGGGCGUGCUGCACCCCGAUGAGCGCGUGACGCGUUGGCACUUGCGUGUGUCGUGCAAUCGCGUCUUUGCGGGCAUGCCGCAGACAGACGACUACCGCGAGCUGUACACUGAGGAAGGGGAGCAGGCGCUCCGCAUCGACGGGCUUCUGCCUCACGCCACCUACUCCAUUGCCGUGCGCGGCCUCAGCCGUGGCGGUGACUGGGGCCACUGGAGCCCGGCGGCCGAGGUGACGACGUGCCCGCUGCUGAAGGUCGGAGUGGAGGUGGCUGGGGAGACCUUCCUGCAGCUUGCGUGGCGACGGCCAGCAACGCGGAGCGGACUGGCGACGACGGCAGCGGCGGACCAGCACGGCGACAACGGCAGCGCUGAUGUGAGCGCGUCAGUCAGCGAUGGCGGUGUGGAUGACAGCACGCACAGCGAGGUACAGCUCGUCGAGAACACGUCGCAUGUGUUGAGGACGGCUGUUUCCCGCGCCGGCGCAUCGCGCGGCGAGAACGGUGACGGCGAGGGUGAGUAUUCCGCGCUACCGUUCUUCCACAGCACGCCGCUCGGUACGUACCUGUGCUUUCCAUCCGACUCAGGGGUGCACAACUUCCAAGUAACGAUCCGCCCGAUGCCGACGGAGUCGGCGUUUGACGAGACGGACGAACCACUUGUUGAAGGUGCGCGCGUGUAUGAGACAACGCAGCCAGCGCUGCGCCUCGGCAAUCUUUUGCCGGGCACUCGCUACGCCAUAUCGGUGCGAGAGCAGCAGGUGGAUGAUGAGGGUUGCCUUGUCGCGGGCGAGUGGGGCGCACCGUCAGAGGUGCUCUGCACGCAGACGGUGCCGCCGAUGCAGGUAACCACGCAGGAGAUUGGUGAGGACUACUGUAUGGUGGAGUGGCGCCGCGCCGCUGAGGCGCCUGCCACUGGCAACUCCGCGCACGGUGCACCGUCCGUGUCAGCGGAGGGCUGGACCACAGCGGCAGCAGCGAUGCUGACCACCGCUGCCUGGACGAUGGCUUGUUAUAAGUCUGUCGAGUUCGAGCUGCAAACGCGCCGCCUGAGCAUGGACGGGACGGCGCUGCACGACGACCCUCUCACCGUGGACUCCGUUGUCUCGCUGCCAAGCAGCGUCAGCACGCACCACAUAUCAGGCCUCGUCCCCAGCAGCGUCUAUGAGGUCCGCGUGCGGGCGAAGAUCGAGAACGCGCAUUGGGGGAUGUGGAGCCCGGCGCUGCGCUUCGUGACGCAGAGCCGGGUCGAACUGCACGUUGAUCAAGUGCAGGAGGUGGCGGUGCUUGUUUCAUGGUGCCGCCCGCGUGCAACGCACACGCGCAGCGGCACCAUCAGCCACGUGCAGGCCGAGAAGCGCGAGUGGUGCCUGACAACGGGGUCUGCGGAGAACCAGGAGGACUUGAACAAUGAGGAUGCAGCCGAGGAGCAGGUGGAGUCGUCCGGCUCUGAAGUGACACGCCCCGCGACCACAGCAGGUAUUUUCGGCUCCCAGGUGAUUCAAGUGGACUAUGCGGUGCACGAGUACGAACUCAUCCUUGAAGGAAUCAGCGUCGACGAGCGGCGACACCUCACCUUCACGCAGGAAACCCAGUCUACCCUCAUCGAAGACCUUCAGCAGGACCAGCUGUACUGCCUUUCGAUUCGGUCCCUCAGCGAGAAGCAGCACUGGUCGCGCUUCUCGACCAAGGUGACGGUUCUGACGCUGGCCUGCGUGCAGGUGCAGGUGGUGCAGCGCACGGAGUGCACCGCGCGGCUGGAGUGGUUCAGGCCGCAACCGGACGUGGGCAAGUUUACCGAGCUGCUGGCGCGCCACCAGCGAGACGCUUUGCACCAGUGCGAUGACCGCGAGCGACGCGAGCUACUAGAGAUGAAGCGCAAGAUCCAGGAGCAGGAGAGCAAGGGGGAGCCGACGACGGCGGUGUCUGGCUGGAUAAACCCGGUGGCGCGCGAGGAGCACAACACUCUGCUGCGGGAGGAGGCCACACGGCACUACCAGGCUGAGCACAUCGUGGUGGGCGACGCGGGCUGCACAGGCUAUGAGCUACUCGUGACACUGCAGAAGGGCGAAGUCUGCCUGCCCUUCAUCGCCGCCAUCGAGACGCUGCGACGAUGUCGGCCAAGCGGCUUGGCGACAGCGGCAAGCGCGCGUGAGGGAGUGAUGGCGGCGAAGCGAAGUGUGCACGCCGGCUCGAUGAUGACCGGCGGCAACCGCGGCUUCGCCAGCGCCGGCAAUGGCAGCUUCCCCGACUGCAGGCGCCACGAGCUAGUCAAGACACCGACGUCCCCUGAUGCAGCGCCUGCGGCGAGUCUGCCCGCCACCACCGACUCCGUCACCCUGCUUACCGUGCAGCUGCGCUCGUGCGUGUCGCAGGUUCUUCUGCAGGGGCUGAGUCCCGACGCCGUCUUCUCGGCGCAGGUCCGCGCGCGCGGUGUGCCGGACUCGUGGCAGCCGUGGAGCCGGCCUGCCAUGAUACAGACUCUGCCUUUGCUACAGCUCGACCAGAGCCGCUUCGGUGAGCACUACAUUAACCUGUACUGGUACCGCGGUGACCCGGACACGAUGGAUGCGGUGUCGCAGGAGGCGGAAGAGUUCCGACGACUCCAGCGCGAGUUCCACAACUUCACCGAGCGCGGCCUGGAAGAGCAGCGGAGCGUGCUGGGGGCGGCGGCGUUCGCGUCACUUGUGAACCGUCUGCGCCGGCUGCGCAUGCUGCGGCGACUCUCCGCGGAUCGCGCGAAGCAGCAUGCGGAUGGCGAGAUGGGGCUGCUGGUGGACCCCUCGUGCCCUGUACAGGGCUUCCAGCUCCGUGUCAUUGAUGAGGUGGGCACCAUCUCGGAGAACUACCUGCCCAACAACCAAUACCACGACCUCACAGCCCCGCCGACGCUUAGCUUUACCGCGACGGGGCUGCAUCCGAACAGCUUGUACGUGUGCUGCCUGUGCCCGCACUACGGUGACGACGUGUGGGGGUGCUGGACGGCGCCGCUCAAGUUCAUGACGCAUCACAUCAUCCAGCUCGAAAUGACGUACAUCAGCGAGACCUUCGUUGACCUGCAGUGGUGGCGGCUGGACAACAAGCCGACUUCUCCGCUGGACGAGCACGAUACCCUGCUGAGUAGCCGCUACACAGAGGAGGUGCAGGUAUACCAGCUCCGCAUCACGCACGAGGACCCCGUAACAGGUCAAGAGGUGGAGGAGUUCCGCAAUAUGCGGGCCUGCAACGUGCUGCGGAUCGAUGCACUGCUGCCCGACAUGAAGUACACCAUCGCCGUGAGGGAGUGGGAUCCAAAGGGUGAUUGGGGCUUGUGGUCGGCAGCGUGCUCGUGCGUCACAUUACCCAGCAUCGCAACGACCGUGACGGAUGUGAAGGAGAGCAGCGCGAGGGUGUCAUGGCGGCGCAUGACGCCGCGAAUCGACUACGAGAACGACAUGCACGUGCUCGAGGACAACUCCGAGAUAACCGGGUUCUACCUGCGGCUGGAGGAGGUGCCACUGCGCACGAACUCUGCCGUGGGAUCACCGACGGUGAGGGCUAUGUCAGCCGGCCACUCGUCUUCGCCGACGGGCGUCUCCGAGCCGUGCUCGGACGGCGUAGAGGUGCUGUCGAUGAGCAUGGGUGACGUCGGCAUGUCGAACAACUCCUUCCACGACGCCGCAGGCACGCCUUCAGAAGAGAAGCCGCGGGCCGCCGAAGCUGACGAGCUUGAAGGCACGCUGGCGUUCGGCUUCCAGCGCGGCGGCCCUCUGCCACCUGAGGCGCACCCGCAGCUGCACGACGGACUUGUGCCCGACAGCGUUGACGACAACGGCGGUGCGGCCCGGCCGUCACAUGAUCAGUGCCAGCACUACCUGCUCGUGAAGCGGAUCACUUCCAGCACGGAGCUGGAGUCCCAUCUCAGCGACCUGCAUCCCCAGACGGUCUACCGGGUGCAGGUGAUGGCGGAAACGACAGGCGGGCAGGUGGGGCCGUGGUCGGCGCCGCACUUCUUCAUCACCACGCCGCAGCUGCGCCUCUCCGCCGACCUCAUUGAUGAGCACUACGUCUCACUACAGUGGGGGCGGCGGCCGCUGGCCCCGCUAGCGGCUCAGAUUGGUGGUCGUGGGGUCACCACCACCACCAGCAGCGGCGGCGCAGCUGGGUUCUUUCCGGAAAGCAGCACGCUUGAAAGCAUGGAUGGAGGCGGGAGCGCGGCGGCGGCAGGCGUGUUGGUGACGCUGCCGACGUCGAAGGUGCUUCACUACGAGCUGGAGGUGCGCGGCGGAGCGGGGAUGGAGUUCUCGUUCUCCACCCGCAUCGAGUCGGCUGCCGCAAGCGGUGCCUUUCGCGUCAAGGGGCUGACCAUGGACUCUGUGUACUUCGCGCGAGUUCGCUCCUUCAGCGACGCGGGAGAGGCUAGCUUCUGGUCGCCUGUGCUCACCUUCGUGACGCUCCGGCAGCUGGUCGUCUACCCGCAAGAGAUCACUGAGAACACCAUCGAGAUGAACUGGGCUCGCCCCGAGCAAAUCCCAGAGCAGUACCUGGCCUGCGCGGCCUUCGACACGGCGGCCGGCAUGGAGAUGAACGCAGCGCUGGCUGCUGUGCCAGCGAUGUGGGAGGCGUCUGCCUCAGUCACUACGCUGGUGGUGCAGUCGGCGCCGGCUGCAAUGCGCGUCCGCCGAGUGGUGUGCGUCGGCGACCGCGAAGCCGUGAAGUACCAGGUACGUGUCUAUCACGCCACGGAGGAGACGGCACCACGGAUGCUCAUGGACAAGCACCUUAACGGCAACAUCACGAAGUUUCUGGUGCACUCGCUUGCUCCGAACAGUGUAUACCUGCUCUACGUGCGCGCCAUCAACUGCGACGGUGUGUGGAGUGAGUGGUCGGAGGGGCGCUGUGUCUACACGAUGAAGCCGCUGGUGUCCAGCAUUGCCACCGUCGGCGAAGAUUUUGUUCGCGUGCAAUGGGCCCGCGAAGCUCCAGAGGAGCUGCACUACACACUGAGCACGGCGAACACCGCCACGGCUGCAGGAGGCCACAGGCGCAGCGUCGCCGCCGCUGCGACUGACACGGAUGGAGAGGGUGCGGAGGACGAGGCGACGGAGCACAUCGGACGCCCGCUGCCGGACGACGCUGAUGCUGAGGCGCAGGUGAGCUCGCCGAACAAGCCGAGCACGGACUCGCCAGACCUGUCGCGGAUGUGGCAGCACGAGCGUCGCUUCCGUCUGCACGAUCAACCUGCCGAGGUCGGCGUUGUCUACUGCAGCGCCCUCACGUCGAUUCAGUCCUUCACCAUCUCCGUCCGCCGUUCGGAUGAGGCGGAGGGGUGCACGGUCGAGGUGCCCGGGCACGUGAGCAAGCACACGCUGCCUGCGCUGCAGCCCGACUGCGUUUACCUCAUCUGCGUCCGCGCCCACUACAGGGGCGGGGAGCGCGGCCCGUGGAGCGACGUUGUGCGUAGCGGCACCUACAACUUGUUGGCCAUGGACGUCAGAGAGGUCGGCGAGGACUACGUCUCGGCCAGCUGGCAGCGAAAGCCGAACACGAUUCACAUGGCAUCGCUGCAAAUUGGCCAGGUGGAGGAGACGGUGUGCUACGAAGUGCGGAUUCGCGAUUACACGGACGUCCCACUCGGCGAAGAGGAGGGUGAGACGGCCCAGCACCGCGACAGCGAGGGCCGCAGCGUCUUCUUGCACGCGAAUCAGCGCCAUAGCAUCCUGCGCGAGCUGCUAUCGAACCAUCGGUACCGCCUCUCUGUGCGGCGCUGGUAUCGUCCGCGCGACGGCUUCGCAAAAGCCGCGCUGACGACGGCCCCAGCGACAUCUACCUCGACGACGCGCAGCUCCGUCUCCAACGGGCUAGAGGGGCACAGGAGCGUCGGCGAGGGCAACGAUCAAGACGGAGCAGAUGAGGAGGAGCGGAAGAGGGCGACAGAGGAGGUGGAGGAGAUGUCGCUGCUGCCCACCGCGCCGACGGUGCUGCAGCUGUACGAACAGACAACCCACACCGUGAUGGACGCGACUCUGCGCGAGUCGAUGGAGAAGGCGAAGGCUGCCCCGGGUGUGUGGAGUGACUCCGAGUACGUCGUGACGCUGCGCGACAUGGUGUGCUCAGUGGAGCGGGUCGGCGAAGAGUACUUCCAGCUCCGCUGGGCUCGCGACCCGCGCGCUAUACCGCUGCCGGUGCGCCGCGCCAUGCCGGUGAAGCCGGUCCAGAACUACCAGCUGCGCAUCGAUGAGCUGCUGCGCAACGGGUCAGGGGUGGAGACGAACCGCGGCAGCAACACGCUGCACCUGGACGAGCUUAUGGCGCCCACAGAGACAUCGUACUUCAACAAGGCGUUAAAGCCGAACACGCUCUACAAGGUGGAGGUGCGGUGCUGCAUCGAAAAGAUGUGGGGCCGAUGGAGCCUCCCGGUGUACAUCAUCACGCAGCCGUGCCUGCAGGUGGAGGUAAGCCGCAUUGGCGAGGAGUGCGCGACAAUCACGUGGCACAGACCCCGCGAAGGGCUCACACUGCCUGACGGUGAAGUGGCCGUGAUUGGGGACGAGGAGGAGGUGGCCGGCUCCUAUCAGCUGGAAUUGUCUGGGGUAGGCUUCAACUACCAGAUAUCCAAACGGUUUAAGGCGUCGCGCACAAGCUACACAGUGAAGCACCUCGACGCGGACGCGCUCUACUUGGUGCGUGUGCGCUCCGGCGAUGGAAUUAACCAGGCUUGCAGCCUGUGGAGCGCCACAGCCUGCUUUGCUACGUUGAAGCCAAUCCAGGUGGCGGUGUCAAUGCCGACCGAGCAGUUCGUCCAUGUGGAAUGGCGCCGCCCCGCACAGACCGCCGAGGAGUACGCUGAGCAACUCGAGCAGCAGGCGGGGUCAGCAGCGGCGCCGUCACUGACCCUCGCCGCAAAUGCCGCCGCUGCGCAGUCGCAGCAGCAGCAAGACAGCGGCGAGGGCGCCCGCAGCGAAGCAGUAUCCCCCACAGCGUCGGCGCCGCACCCGAGCGGCGCUGUGCAACUUGGCAACCCCGGCUCUCUCGCGUUCCACGUAUGCGUCUUCAACACGCAGAAGACACCGUCCGUGGCGGUGGUAGACAAGCAGUUUCACAAGGACGUGUCGCACUACCGCGUCGGUGGGCUGGUUGCCGACACACCAUACGCUAUCAUCGUUCGCGCCUGCUGCGAAGCCACCAAUGACUGGGGUCUCUGGAGCGAGGAACGCACCUUCCGCACUCUGAAGCUGCUGGCGCCGACGCUCUCGAGUGUUGGCGAGACGUACGCGGAGCUGACGUGGGAGCGGAGCGAGAGCGAUUCGCGCGGCGCCGGCGGUGGCUCUGUAGGGGCCCCCAGUGCCGCUUUAGGCGCGCCGACGCUGCCGACAAAGUAUCUCCUGGUCAUCCGUUCCACGCAAGCCGGCAUGCUUGAGCGCGAGAUAUCGGCAGAGGAGUGCCGUACCACGGCAACACCGAUGCAGGAGGGAUACCUGGAUUCCUCGUACCGCCUGACCCAGCUCCAGCCGGGUACCGAAUACGUCGUCGCACUGCAGCCCUGCUACGGCGGUGGCGACUGGGGCCUGUGGUCACAAGCGGCUACCUUCACUACGUUGUACCCGGUGAGGCUGACGGCCAAUAUCACCAAGGAUACGGUGGACCUCCGCUGGGGUCGCUGCCGCCCUUCGUCGGCCGUCGGCUUUGUGGAAGACGUCGACGUUACCGAAGCGGGCACAGUGGGCCCUUGCAGUGGCAACUCCACUGGCGCGUCACAGGAGCCCGCGGCGGCCGGCACGAUGCCCGCCGGUUCCCGCACCGUGUCGCGCUACCAGCUUGUGGUGUACUCGGAGGCCGAAAUGGCUGCCCUGCAUUCGUGCGCGUCAUCGAUGGAGGGCAGCUUGGCGCAGCAGCACUUCUCCAGCUUACUUUUCUUCCCAAGCACGUCAGCCAGUCAGGAGGGACGCCCUGGCGAACGCAGCGGCGCUGCGGUGUCGCACGAGAGAAGCAGCCUGAAGCACCGGCAGCGGCAGGAAGGGGCUGCGAUCCACACGGCGAUCCCAGACAUGGAUGUGGCGGCACUCGCCAACCUCGAUGGUGGCAAAGCUUUGUCUUCGCCGUCCAAGGAAUCGCUCUUCCUAAAGCAGUACGACUUGACGGACGCGGCGGUCUCAGCGGCGCUGCCCAGUCCCCACUUCCAGGGCAACAGCCCCCGCGGCGGCACUUCUGCCCUCGCCGGAACAUGGUCCUCCACCUCCUCGAUGCAUGAGCGCAUUGAUGGGCUCACACCGGACACGACGUAUGUGGCGCGCCUCCGCGCAAUGGACCUAUUCGGGAACUGGGGUACGCCGGUCGAGGUGCGGUUCGUGACACCGCCGCCGGCCCCGACGCAGGUGACGCUGCGGCGCGUGAAUGCACAGUUUUGCUCGCUGCAGUGGUCCACUCCGGAGGGUCCCGCUGCCGAGGCGGAGGCCGCCGCGCCGCGCGAGCGGUACCGCUACGUUAUUGAGCAGUGCUUCGUGCAAACCGAUCGGCCACCGUCGGCCGGCACCACCACCAUCAUCGGCGGUGGCGGUGGCGGCGGCGCGAGUGCGCGCAAGGCUGGUGGGGCAGGCGCUUCGAGCGGGCCCGUGGCCACCCUCGGGGCGGCUGGAUGGCACGUCAUAGAUACCGUUGAGGACACAAACGUCUGCGCUGUGCUGAUCAGCGGCUUGCUCUCACGCAUGCGGUGUCGCGUCAAGUGUGCGCGACGCAUUGCGGCGGCGUCCGCGCACGACGCAUGCUCCGGAGCUGUCACUGCGGUGCCGGUGCCAGAUGACCAGCUUGGCCCGUACAGCGACUACUCGGAGGCAGUCGCGGUGUCCAGCGGCACCCCGCCGGAGGGCGUGGUGGAUCCACAUCUCACGACGCUGUCCCAGAAUACCGCCACGCUUGAGUGGCUGCCGCCGCCAAAACCGUCCGAGGCUGCUGCGGGACGCUACACACGCCCCAUCUACCGCAUAUACCUGGCGAAUACAACAGACCAGCCGUACCCUGUGCUGCUCGCCACAGUGCACCGGCCGACGUACGUCCUGACGAACCUGACGCCGUCCACGACGUACACGGUGCAGGUUGUCGCCGAGAACCCCGACGGCGUGAGCUUCCUUAACCCGAUACUGCGUUUUCACACCAAGUCCGAGGAGGACCAGACGGUCUCGCGGCGGGGCGAGGGCGGCGAUACAAGCGCUGGGGCAGCGGAGAAGGCAGCGCCGUUGGCCGAGAUUGUACCGUUCCAUGGCCUGCGCGCCGCACUGACCGAUGACAGCGCCGCUGCGGCGGACGGCGGUGCCGACGUCGCUGAUAUUCCUACGGCUGUGCGGAGGUCUCUGCUGCAGCCGACUCCGCCGGCCUCUCGUCGGCGACGCGGCGGACGCGGUGGUGCGGCGGGGCGGGCACACCGAUCGAGCUCGAAGAGGAAGGCGCGCAGUGGCUCAGGCCAUGCGAAGACGCGGGGCUCGUCUGGAGCGACCGGCAGGGGCGCAGGAAAGCACAAGUCUCACACCCGCGUCGGCUCUUCAUCGGCCGUGGUCUCUAAGCGACUCAGCAACGCGGCGUCCGAAGCAACCCGCGAGACACCGCCGACAGCUGGCAGCUUCCUCCCUCCACUAGCGAAGACCUUGUAG